CUUGUUUUAUUUUGAGUGAGUCUCUUGCAGCCGAGGAUGAUUCCGCCAGGCUUGUUGCUUGCGGUUUUUGGUAUAACAUCACUUCUCAUGUUGACGUCGUUGCAUCAUAUCGAAGAAGGACACGUCGGUGUUUACUUUAGGGGAGGCGCUCUUCUAACUAAAGUCAGCGCUCCUGGAUAUCAUCUUAUGGUCCCUUUUGUUACUUCAUACAAAAGUGUCCAGGUCACUCUGCAAACCGAUGAAGCAAAAAACGUGCCUUGUGGUACCAGCGGAGGUGUUAUGAUAUACUUUGACAGGAUCGAAGUCGUCAAUAUUCUCAGUGCAAGCAGCGUGUAUGACAUCGUGAAGAACUACACAGUUGAUUAUGACAAACCUCUCAUUUUCAACAAGGUCCAUCAUGAAGUUAACCAGUUCUGCUCAAGUCAUUCUUUACAGGAAGUCUACAUCGACUUGUUCGAUCAGAUUGAUGAGAAUUUGAAGACUGCGCUGCAAGAAGAUUUGACAGUAAUGGCACCAGGAUUGUUUGUUCAAGCAGUUCGGGUGACGAAACCCAAAAUACCAGAAGCGAUACGGCAUAAUUACGAACAAAUGGAAGCCGAAAAGACGAAACUACUAGUUGCCACUCAACAUCAGAAAGUUGUUGAAAAGGAGGCGGAAACAGAGCGAAAGAAGGCUGUCAUAGAAGCUGAAAAGAAGGCACAGGUUGCUGCUAUCAUGCACAAGCAAACAAUAGCGGAAAAGGAAACACAGAAAAAGAUUAGUCAACUUGAAGACGAAAGCCAUCUGGCAUCGGAGAAAGCAAAGGCUGAUGCAGAAUUCUACCGCGCACAAAGGGAGGCCGAGGCAAAUCGGUUGCUGCUGACGCCUGAAUACCUGGAGCUGAAAAGAAUCGAAGCUGUGGCCAAGAAUAAUAAGAUAUUUUAUGGUCAAGACAUACCAAGCGCUUUCUUCCACUCAGAUAUUGAAGCUGCACAACAUGUUGCAAAUGCUCAUCAGGUCGAUGCUCAUUAAAUUGCCUUUCCUCGUUUUUUGUUACCACAAAAUUUGCUUUCAUCUGAGCUACCCUACUGUGAUUUGUUCUCUCUAUUAUUGUUGUGCAUUCUUGUUUUUGUUAGUUCGAAAUAUGUGCAUGUAUCUCACAAUUCUUGAAGCAAUCACAAGUAUACCAGCUUCUCUAGGAGCUGAAUCCGCUAGGAUACCGGUUUUCUUACUCCUUGUCGUUUGUGUACGAGUAUAUCUAUAAAGAUUGUGGUAUUGUGC